CUGUCCCUUGAUCUCUUCGUCCGGGGACUAUCUCGAAAACGUGCAUCCAUGCAUGGGCUCACUUUUGCGGACUGCUCAAAAUGAUGUUUCACUGGAAUUCGUCUUUCCAGAUGAAGCCGCUAACCGGCUUCGAUUCUUGGAACUCAUGGAGGAUCGCAAUCACUUGCGGAUUUGUCCAUCUCGUCUGUUCCAUGACACUGGCGUCGAUGGGGGAAAUUUUCGUCGGCGUUCUCAACGACUUCAGCUCUGAACGAGAGCUCGCCUCUUGGCCUGUGACGGCCAUCAUAUGUGGCAUGCAAUUGAUCUCUCCCGCCUACUCGAUCCUGGUCAGGAUGGGGGCGGCCCACGUUUGGAUCUUGCGGAUCUGUACCUUGAUGAUCGCCGUGACUUUAUGGCUGUGCUACUUCGCCAAAAACAUUCUUCAUUUGACAGUACUGCUCGGACUGCAUGGAGCGAGUAUCGCGGGAAUCUACGUCAGUGCGAAUGUUCUCAUGGCCGGUCAUUUCUCGAAAGAGAGGACAGCAGCAUCAGGCACACAGGAAACGAUCGCGGGAACGAGCGUUUUCUUCAUGCCGGUUCUAAUGCAGCAUUUCGUCGCAUCUUUCCGAACACCGGCGGCUCUGUCGGUGUUGGGCUGCAUAGCCUUCUUAGCAUUCCUAUUAGCCCUAAGCAUUUCGCCAAUCGACACCGACGAGGAAGUUGAUUCGGCCAAAGAAUCAGCCAAAGAUCCCGAAGAAGCCAUCGAGUUCGGUCCUACGAAUCGAUCCGACAGGACGGAGCAGCCUCUCUGGAGAAUUCUCACGAGUUUCAAGUUCAUUCUCAACUUCUUCUCGUUUUGGGUCGUUUUCGACUGCUACUCGAGUUUCUUACAACUUAAUGGCGACUACAGCAGGGACGUAGGGGUCCCUGAUGCAGGCGUCUGGCUCGUUCCGAUUUUCGGCGUAGGCGACAUGGUUUUCAAGCUCGCUGCGGGAUUCUUGUCGGAUGCCAAGCUCACGUCACCUUCGAUUCUCCUUGUCUUGGGGAGCGUCGCACAAUGUGGGGGGUUCCUAGGCUUGAGCUACUCAAACGAUUUCAAGACACUCGCGAUGAGUUCGUUCGUUCUCGGAGCGGCGAAUGGCGCAAGGGUUUUCCUUUUCAUCAUAGUUCUGAUCAAUGACUUCGGACUGAAGAACCUCGCGCACACGUUUUCACAUGCUAAUUUCUGCAUGGGGAUUUUGACCCUCGUCAAGCCCUCCCUCGUCGGGCUCUUCCGAGAUCGCAAUCAACAGUACCUCGGCCUGUUCCUCAUGAUGGCCGUGCUCAACGCACUCGUCGCCUCUUACUGGGUCAUACGGACUCUGAGGAGUCGCAAAGGAGGGCCUCCGGCCCUCUGAUGUCUCAUUAAAAUCGUUACGGUACACGUACUCGACUAGAGAGUGGUCGCCAUUUUUAAAUUAAAAAUUACCUAUUUUUCCAUAAAUA